AUGUAUUAUUUAAAUUACAAACUUAUAAUUUUAUUUAUUUUAUUAUUUUUUGAAGAAAAUGAAGAAUUUAAAAGUGAAAAUGAAGAUAAUGAAAAUGAGUUUAUUCAUAAUAAAGAAUAUAUAAACAAUGAAGAUAAUGUAAGAGGUACUUUUUUAAAUAUAAAUGAAGAGGUAGAAAGUGUUCAAGAUAAAAUGUAUAAAUUUAAAAAGAAUGAAGAAAGCGAAGAAAAUGAGGAAAAUGACGUAUAUGAAGAAAAUGACGUAUAUGAAGAAAAUGACGUAUAUGAAGUAAAUGAAGGAAAUGAAGAAAAUGAGGGAAAUGAGGGAAAUGAGGGAAAUGAAGAAAAUGAAGAAAAUGAAGAAAAUGAAGAAAAUGAAGAAAAUGAAGAAAAUGAAGAAAAUGAAGAAAAUGAAGAAAAUGAAGAAAAUGAAUUAUAUGAACAAAAUGAAUUAUAUGAACAAAAUGAACAAAAUAUAGAUGAAAUAGUGCAUAAUAAUACAGAAGAUGAGAUAAAAGAUAAUGAAGAAGAACAAGAACUUAUGAAGGAAAAUAAAGAAGAUUUGAAACCUGAAGAAAAUAAAAAUGUUAUUUAUAUUGAUAACCAAAAUAUAUACGAUAGUACACAUCAAGAACGAAAUGAAAUUACAGAAUAUUUAGAAAAUUAUCAAGUUAUAAAUGAAGAGAAUAAAGAAAAAAAAAAGGAAAACGAAGAAAAAGAAAAAGUUAAAGAAGAACGAAAGAAUAUAGAAAUAAUUAAACAAGUGAAAAAUGAGCUCAAAAAAAAAAAUGAUGAAUUACAAGUAGAUGAAAAUAAUGUAGAUGUCAAAUGUGAAAAAGAGAAAUAUGAAAAUUCAGUAAUACAAUCAUUGGAUCAGAAAAAUGUUAAUUCAUUUGAAGGUAUUAAUAAAAAGUUUGACCUUCCAUCUUUAUCUCCUACAGAUAUACUUAUAUCGAGAAAGGAAAAUGAAAAUAUGACUAUGUAUCAUUUUAAUCCUCAAAAGGUUGGAUAUAAAUAUAAUAAUGGGUUAAAACCAUCAGAAGGAUACUUAUUAAUUUAUCCACAUGUAUCAAAUAAUUCUAUGCCACCAAAAAUAAAAAAGAAAAAAGUAGGAUGUUGUUAA